AACUGUAAUGGUAAACAAGGUGUAGCUGUAUACACAGAAACACCGGACCGGACACGGGCUGGGACCGUCGUACCUUUACAUGAUAUUACCACUUUAGUACGGUAAGAAGAUCUGUGUCGUCCAGGUGCGUUAUAAAGAUUAACUCCUGUGUGACAGGGAUUGUGAUAAAAAGGUUCCAUUGGAUGAAACUAUAUCGGAAUGUCGGCGGAGAAACAACUGACCAUGCAGGCGUUAAUGGACCAUGACAGAGUCCAGCCAAAGUUUAAGGCCCCCAAGGGUCCAGCAACACACGCGUCUUCAAUCAAGGACAAGAAAGAGGAUGGGGAUGAGAGACGCCCUCGACUCACAUCGACGAGUGAAUCACAGAAAUCUGUCACCACACCAAAGCCAAGUGGAAUGAACUUUUUCAAACUGGUGGCGGCAACGAGAGCAUGGCAAAGGUUGGCAAAGAGAAAGGCAGCACAAAACUCUGUAUCGAAACCGGCUGUUCAGUACGAGAACACUUAUAGACUAGAGCCGGCAGAGGGCGCUAAGUUUGUACCAUCAAAAGUCGAGAAGGUGAUCAAGGAUAUUUUAGAGGCUCGACUUCGUGACUUUAAAUACCGUGCAAUGUUUGUGAACAAUUUGACAACAGAUCUGUCCAACGUUAUAAACAAGAGGGUUAAAGCUCUGGGAUUUCCACGUUACAAGUUCGUUUGUAAUGUGCUUAUCACGGAGAACAAAUCUCAAGGAGUGGAGGUCGCAAGCAGAUGUGUCUGGAACCCCAGUACCGACAACUUCGCCUCUUAUACAUACAGGAACGCUACAACCAUAGCGACAGCUCAUGUGUAUGGGGUUUACUUUGAAUAAAUCUGCAUACAUUUUAAACCAGCCAGCAGUAAUAAAAGUAAUAUGGAGUUUUACAGCGGUUCAUAAAUUAAAUAUAUAUAUAUAUCAAUACAUGUAUAUAAAUAUUCAUAUAUAAAUCAGUAUCUUCAGGUUUUAAGGAAGCAUCUUACCACGAUGGUGAAAUGCCAUGCUAAGUAUGGUUUUAAUAAUUGUAUUGUCUCAUUGAUUUUAGUCAUAGUGUCAAGAUCGUUUUUAUGUUGAUGAACAGAUGAGGAAGUGUUCAUUAGAAAAAAAAAUGUUGGUGUUUUUAUUUAUCUUUUAAUAUUUAAGGUGAAUAACUUCUUAAUUUAAUCCUUUUCCGCCUACAUAUUUCAUACGUAACUUGGAGUUUAAAAGCGUCAAUUUUAGAGCACUGUUAUUAUUCGUUUUCGUUUUUUGUUGUUAAUUAGAUUUAUUUCUAUACAAUUUACUUAUUCAUGCAUAUUAAAAUUGGUUCUCAAAAAGGCAUAUACGACUUAUAUCCGGGUUGAGUAUAUUUCCUGACCCGCCAGGUCUUUCUUUUUCCUCUCAAUUUCGUUCUUUUUUUAGCAAUGAAUAUCCUGUCGGUAUAUGAAAAUUUACAAAAAGAUCCGAUUUGUGAUAAACUGUGAACCUGAUACAACAGGUUUGCAGUGAACCGUACACAUCCGCUCUGUAAGUGAACCUGACGCAUCCGCUCUGUAAGUGAAUCUGACACGUCCGGUCUCUGUAUGUGAACCUGACACGUCCGGUCUAUAAGUGAACCUGACACAUCGGGUCUAUAAGUGAACCUGACACAUCCGGUCUCUGUAUGUGAACCUGACACGUCCGGUCUAUAAUUGAACCUGACACAUCCGGUCUAUAAGUGAACCUGACACGCCCGGUCUCUGUAAGUGAGCCUGGCACGUCCGGCCUCUGUAUGUGAACCUGACACGCCCGGUCUCUGUAUAUGAACCUGACACGUCCGGUCUCUGUAUGUGAACCUGACACAUCCGGUCUCUGUAUAUGAACCUGACACGUCCGGUCUCUGUAUUAUAUAUCAAUCUGGCACACCUUUGUUAUAAUAUAAGAAUAUAGCUUCGAUACGUCAACGGCAUUUUUUGUUUUAUUCCUAUAUGGUAUUUGCUUGCUGAUCAUAUUAUUCUUUAUUUUCUGUUUUUCUUAUCAAUGUAAUGUGAUAUAAUUGCCAAUUUUGCAUCUAUGUAGUUGUAAUUUUGUGUAGUUUAUUGUAAAGAAGUUCUGUGAUUUAAAAUGUACACGUACUUUGAUAACUUACUGUUUGUAAACGCAUCUAAAUAUGUUAUGUUGUAUCCUUCAGCGGUGCUUAAUUCCUCCUUAAUUAUAACUGGUGCCAUUUCUCAUGAUAUUGAAACAUUUCAACAACAAAAAAAAGAAAAAAAAAAAAAGCUGAUCUCACUGUAAAUAAAGCAUACAUACUGUAAACAUAGAAAUAUUCACAAUCAAUUUAUUUUCUCUAUGAUCAUGUAGUCUGCAGACUCCGAAAUGUUCAAAUCUUUCAUUUUUGUCUUCAUUUAUAAGAUCUAUUUUCAGACUUUGUUUUGUAUCUUUUUAUGUUAUCAUUUAUUUUUAUCAUUAAGUACAAUGCUAAUCAUUUAAUUGUGUGCACAAUGUAAUGGAAUGUUAUACAGUUCAUGAAGUAUCAACUCAAUCUUCAAACAACUAACAUAAUCCGAUGUAAUAAACGGACCAAAGCACAGUUUAAGAGGCAGUGUUCAUAUAUUUUCACUAAAUUGAUCGAAUUGGUUUUGUGAGAGGAAGCAUGGUAUUUAACCUUGCUCUAACUAACUUUAUGCGUGUUGUUCACGUUUCAGAAAAUUGCCAUUGUGUUUAUAUCGCAAAACAGCGUCGGUAUCCACGUGAUCUGUCUUCGCAUAGCUCCGAUCGAUCCCGUGAGGGAACUUGUACAAAGCCUCAUUUUCAUAUUUAUUCAUAAACCAAAUAUAGUAAUCCCGUUAAAAUGCCUUCGGGAAAAUUCCUCUAUCAGAAACGGCGUUAUUUGUAUUCUUUGGUUUGUUUGGAAAGAUGGCAGAAAAUAUACCAUGCCGUAACAUGGACACAGUCUGCUUUGUAUACAAUUAACAUUUCCCAAUUAAAAAGAACUUCGAUAUUAAGAGCCAAUUUGAAUAGCUGAUGAAAAUAUUAAUAUUCAUUUAGUCAAACUGAAGGUGGUUCUCAAAGGGUCGAACGAGUGAAGACUCCGUUUGUACCGAUGAUGAUCGUAAAAUACUUCAACUUAUAAAUGUGAUCUUCAGAAGCUACCUAUCUUUGCAAUAUUAAAUGCAUGUUUUGUUUAUGAUAUCUUUGAAUAAAAACGUGUAUAACAUA